AUGGGCUCCACGAAUGGAAGUGAGGCAAUCAAGCCUCUGAUGCUCAUUGACGGUCAAUUGGUCGGCGCUUCUGAUGGCAACACUUUUCCCCUCUUUAACCCAGCGACAGGCGAUAAAGUCGCAGACGUCCCCGAAGCCACAAAAGACGAUGUCAACAACGCGGUCGCAGCUGCUCAGCGUGCGUUCCCCGCAUGGUCUGCUUUAGAUCCCGCCAAGCGCGGCGGCUACAUGAAGAAACUCGCGGGUCUGAUCAGACAACAUAAUGACGAACUGGCUUUACUCGAGGCCAAAUCAAUGGGUCGUCCACUUCCAGAGUUCUUUGAGGGGUACGCCGCUGCUGGGAGCUAUGAGUACUACUCCGAGGCUUGGCCUCAUAUCCAAGGCCAGGCGAGUCUCAACACGCCAGGCUAUGUGACCAUGACUCUACGCCAGCCAUUCGGUGUUGUCGGUGCUAUUAUUCCCUGGAACGCCGCUCUCCUCUUCUUCGCGGGCAAAACUGCGCCCGCGCUCAUCACCGGAAACACAGUCGUGCUCAAGUCGAGCGAGAAAGCGCCGCUCGGCGCAGCCAAGUUAGCCCAGCUGAUCAACAAAGCAGGUUUCCCACCUGGAGUCUUCAACGUCAUAUCAGGCCAUGGUAGCCCCUCAGGAGCCGCCCUCUCGUCACACAUGGACGUACGCGCAAUCUCGUUCACUGGCUCGGGACGAACAGGACGGGCGAUUCAGGAAGCAGCUGCCAAGUCCAACCUGAAGAAGGUGAUUCUUGAACUCGGUGGCAAAUCGCCUGUUAUUAUCUUCGAUGAUGCGGAUAUUGAACAAGCGGCCAAAGACACUAUGCACAGUAUCCAGUGGAACAGUGGACAGGUCUGCAUGGCGAAUUCUCGCGUUUACGUGCAAGAUGCCAUUGCUGAGACGUUUAUUGAAGCUAGUAAGAAGGUACUUACAGCUGCGAAGCCUGGUGAUCCAACGCAAAAGGGUGUUGAUCACGGUCCGCAAGCAGACAAGACUCAGUACGAGACUGUUCUGUCCUAUAUAGAUGAGGGUAAAAAGUCGGGAAAGCUUGUUCAAGGUGGAAAGGGAAGUUAUGGCAAGACCGGAGGCUUCUUCAUUGAACCGACGAUCUUUCUGGACACAGCUGAAAACGCCAAGAUCAUGAAAGAGGAGAUCUUUGGGCCGGUGGUGAAUAUCAACGUCAUCAAAACGGAAGAAGAGGCUAUUCAGAAGGCAAAUGAUACAGAGUAUGGUCUGUAUGCAGCGGUCUACACAAAGAAUAUUGAUCGAGCUAUGAGGGUCACUCAACAGCUCAACUCGGGCUAUGUCGGUAUCAACUGCACCAGCCCCACGACUGCAAGAGAUCUUCCUUUUGGAGGAUACAAGACUUCGGGUCAGGGAAGAGAGGGAUGGCUUUAUAGUAUGGAUAACUUCUUGGAGGUCAAGAGUGUGAUGAUGAAGGUGGACGCGGGCGGUUCCAAAUUGUAA